AUCCAUUUCUUGGCAGUGCACUCCGAUUUAUGGGAAAAAAUAAUGAAGAAAUGAUGGAAGUGUUGAAAGAUAUUCUCUUCAAAACCAAAAUCCCGUUUGUAUUUUGGCUGGGACCAAAAAGUUUCUUGGUCAUUGAUCAUCCAGAUGACAUCCAAACGGUCAUGAACUCCAAUAGCUGCAUCGAAAAGAGUGAUAUUUAUCAAUUUUUCAAUCGUGGCGUUGGACUUUUUUCGGCGCCAGCUCACAUUUAUAAACCACAACGGAAACAACUGUCUGCAUCAUUCAACAAUCAGAUCACUUGGUCAUUUCUGCCGAUUUUCAAUGAAAAAGCCAAUUUAUUCAUUCGAAAUGUUGGUCGACACAUUGACAAAGGCCAUUUUGACGUGAUGCAUUACGCUUCGACCUGCACUUGUGACAUCAUUUGUGAAACGGUGUUGGGAACACACAUGAAAAUUCAAGACGGUGAAAAUGAUGAUUAUAUGGAAGCUUUGUCUGAAUGGCUUUCAGCUGUUGCCCGAAGAAUGGCUAAUGUGUCUUUGCAUCCAGAUUUUAUUUACAAGUUGACACAGGCCUAUCGUAUCGAAUGUGAUUGGCUUGCUCGGUCUGAGAUCAUGCCGAAUAAGGUUAUCAAUCAAAAAAUGUCGCAGCUUAAAGACGACAAUAACAAUGCUGCGACCGUUGAAGGUGAUGAUGAUGAACGGAAGUAUGAAAAACCUCAAAUUUUCAUCGAUCGACUCUUGAAAUUGUACAGCAAGGGAAUCGUUACCGAUCAAGAAAUUCGAGAUCAAGUGAACUUGAUAAUAUUCGGUGGUCAUGAUACAUCUGCCUUUGCAACAGCCGUAGCAAUUCUAAUGCUAGCGAUCCAUUCAAAGGUCACCCAGCGAGUUAUGGACGAACUGAAUGAAGUGUUGGGUGAUCAACCAGUUGAUGCUGACUUAACAAUGGAACAGGUCAAUCAAUUGGUUUAUCUAGAACAAGUCAUCAAAGAAACAUUGCGAUUGCAUCCAGUAGCACCGAUUUUACUACGACACUGUACUGAAGAUACAAAAUUAGCUAAUUGUGUGGUUCCAGCUGGCACUGAAGCUGUGAUUUCAACUAUGACAGUCCAUCGCCGCAAGGACAUUUGGGGUAAUGAUGCUGAUGAAUUCAAUCCCGAUCACUUCAGCAGAGAGGCCAUGUCGAAACGCAGUCCAUACGCAUUCAUGGCAUUUAGUAAUGGUACUCGAUAUUGCAUGGGACAAAAGUUUGCCUUCAUUUCAAUCAAAAUCAUUCUGGCUAAACUGUUCCGCAAAUAUCGUAUCUCUACACGCUUAGAAAUGGACGACAUCAAAUUUAGACUUGAAAUCACAUGCAAACCAAUCAAUGGCAUCAUGGUAGAAAUUGAAGAACGAACAUAAUUCCAAGCAACCGAAAAACAUAAAUGGGAACGGUUUGAGAAUUAAUAUUGAAGAUUUUUUCAGUUUAUUUAAAUUGGGAUUGUUUUUUCAAGGCAGAAACUA